AUGGUGUCAAAACCAAGCAGAGGUCGUCAAAGGAUUCCUCUUUACAAGAUCGAGGAUAAUGGUAGGCGUUCUGUAACUUUUUCAAAACGUAAAUUUGGAAUUUUAAAGAAAUCAAGUGAGCUUUCUACUUUAUGUGGAUCGAACAUGGCACUAAUCUUGUUUAGUGAAAGCGGAAGAGCAUACUCUUUUGGUAAUCCUAAUACAAAUGUGAUAUUUGAUCGAUUUAUGGGUGUUGUUCCCGAAAGGGUGUUUGAUUCAACAUUCCAUGAACUCCUCGAGGCUCAAAAGGCUUCGCAUGUUCGAUAUAUGGAAGCUCAAAUAAUGGAGGCUGAAAAGACACUCGCUCAAGAGAAACAUGUGGGAAAAACAUUGUCACUAGAGAUGACCGAACAUGCUAAGGGGAAGUGGUGGGAGCAACCAAUUGAAGAGAUGAACUUAUUGCAGUUAAAAUGGAGGAAACGUGAGAUGGAGGAACUAAAGAUGGUCUUUGAACAAGAGAAGGAGUUGAAGAUGGCGACAGAAAAUCAAAAUCCUUUAACAUCCAAUUUCCUCCAGGUGUUGGAGUUCCUUUCUUUCGUCUCAGUAGUGAGCGCUGCUAGAUCUGAUUCAACUGAAUAUGGCUCUGAGUGGAGUCCUCCAAGGAUAAGCGCCGUUCAAUUGUCAGCAGCGAUCACAGCUUGUGCUCGGAUUGAGAUGUAUCCACACAUUUGCUCAACCAAGUAG